ACGGAUUCCAAGAAUGUUAUCAUCGGAUUUUCGUGCAGCUUCAGGAUAGCUAGGGGCGAAAGGUACAAUCCUAUGCUAAAACUGAACACAAGUAUGGUCUUCCGCGAAAAGGAGCGUAAAUUCAAAAAUAUCUUCGAGCUUCUAUUUAGGAGAAGCGUACUUGGUUCGUCUUACAAGCGAACAACGAUAGACAAGUUCGAAAACGGGACCCUGAAAGUCUUCUUCAGAUUGUACCUCGACCGUAGGAAGAUACCGCGCUCAAUCACGAAUAUCGAGGACACUAUACAGGACAUCAUCGCCAAGGAAACAUAUUCGAUAUCGUCUCUCUUCAAGGACAUGGAACUGGAUCUCACGAGCGUGUCGGUGAAAAAAAUAAACCAGGAAGGCACGUCGAAGCAGGGGCAGCAGAAGCACACGAUGAUCACCAAGAACGGUCUGCUGCGACCGAAUAGAAACGGCAGUUUGAUCACGGGUUCAAAGCCGAAGACGAAGCCCAUUAGGCUCGACAGCGGCGAGCCUGACAUAGACUUUAACAACAUCCCGACUAUCCAAGGCACCUACCGAGCGACGAAAGUUAACGUUACCGCGGAGAAUUCGACGAAUGGAACGGCCGAGUCUAUUACUGACGUCAAGGAUACCACCAAGGGAGCGCCAUCGACGUUUCCCACGAAAUCCACGAGCGCCACAUUCAGCGAAGAUCUGUCGAACGAAAGACCAGUUACGAGCGUUACGAAGGUGACCACCACGUCGAGUACCACGACUGCCCCAGGCGAUCUGAACAUUUUCAAAGAUUUCCGCAACCCGGACCUGGAGACCUCGCCGUGGAAGCCGAUUGUGCCGGCGUACGUCAACACGGAAUUCAAGCUGCUGCCCGACAAUCGCACGGAAUCGAGCACGCGAGGCACCGUUUCCACAUCGACCACCAGUGAUCCUCGAGACAACGCGAAGGUGUCUGCACCUGGAACCAGCUCGACGCCGCCGGUGAUGCCGGAAUUGUCUUUGGAAUCGCUGAACUUCCGCGACGUGCCCGGUAUGAGCACCUUCGACACGGACGACGCGGAUUUCCCGCGCGACAGAGUCGUGCCGAGUUCGACGGUGUCCAGGCUGGACGAUGCCGGCGACCUGGAGAUCGAGGUGGCCGGACAGCUGCCUCCGGAAACGUACAGCGUCCGGUUGAGGGCCUCUUCGAAACGCGAUGAUAAUGACAAGGUAACUCCGAGUUCGGGAAUCUCGGCGACUGGACAAGCGCUCGAAAAUACGUCAACGAAGGAGAACACUUCGUUCAAGUGGAAGGAAUCGAGCGCUACUCGACAGCCGGAUGUGAAACUUGAUAACUUGGCAUCGACGACGACGACGACGAUAUGGAUCGACGACAUGGAUUCGCGUCCCGGCGAAGAGAUCGCGAGCAAGUCAUCCGACACGAACGGUGUUGGCGUGGCGGUGCCUAUGCUGGAUGCGGAGGUCGAGCUGGAAACGAAAAAUCGUUUCAGCGGCGUGCCGACGAGCAAGAACGAAGAAGAAGACGCGUUGCGCAACAGGAAGGUGGACGUUGACGCGCAGAGGCCGGUCUACACCAGCUACAACACUCCCGAUCUGAAUGGCGGUGGUCUGAUAGGCUCGAGCCUGAUCAGGAAUUCGGCGACCAUGAAGCCGUUCAGACACACGAUACCCGUCGACAAGAUCACGUCCGUCGUGAAUUACAGCAGCGACCUUCCCAUGCGCGACAUAUUUCUUCCGGACGUUUCCAUCGUUGCUACCGAUGCGGGUGAAUCGUCUCGGGACAAGAGCGGGGCGUCAUUAGCGAACCUGGAAAGAGUCGUCAAGGUGGAGACCUUGGUCAAAGGACAGGAUCAGGGCGAGGAUGCAAUGAUUAAGCUGCCGCAUUACGCACGGAUCACAUCAACGGACUCGAACAUCGUGCGGACAACGGACGAGCACAACGACGAGUUGCUGAGCACCACGGAAGUCUAUUCGGAAGCGAAGCCGACCGCCAAGGACUCGGGAGGUAAGAAAAGCGUGUCGAGGAGGAACUCGACGUUCGUGGAGAUCGACACGGUGAAGCAUACGCCGAGCGAGUCGGAGGAGGCCUGGGAGUCGUCGUACGCGGGCGAGGCGGCGGUCAACGAGGACGGGCUGCAGAAAAAGGUCUACAACGAUACGUUGAAGGCCUACGUGGUGGAGAACCUCGUGACGUUGGCGCCGGUCAAAAGCAAUACGGGAAUCGGUAGACCGGUGCGACCGCGGCCGAAGCUCGACUCGGACGACUCGGGUUUGCUGGAGCAGCUGUUCGGUGUGCGUGAUUACACAGUGCACGAGAGAGACGCAGUGGAAGGCAGUACGACCGAGUCAUCCACCACGGCGACUCCAGAGCGGCUGCUGUCGUCGCACGAGGCGAUACAGUCCAACGAGGAAGAGCCCUCAAGCGGCAAAAACGUGAUCGAACAGAUUGUCGAGGUCGUGACCUCCAUUAGCACCAAAGUGUCGUCCAACAUCAAGGCCGAUCCGAUCGUGUUGAAGCUCAUCGUCGGCAAUUCUACCGCUCUGCCGGUCCUUCGCUCGGAGAAGACUUCCGCGUCAGACAAGGACAAGGAAGAGAACAGAUCGUUUGGCACGGCCGUCAUCGGCACGACGGAAAAAGUAGCUCCCGCAUGGAACCAAACGCGACCGUCGCUUCCGUCAUCGAUGAACCUGAAGACGAUGCAGACAUCGGACAGGAAGAUAUCAGCACUCGAGGAGGAGAACAGGAUUCUGCUGGAGAAGCUCAAGCAACUCGCUCAGAUCAGGACGAACGGCGAGUCCGUACACAUCGCGAGGAACGGUUCGAGCAAUGACGCGACCUCGCGACCGCUUUUGGGCGAUCCCGACGCGUCUUCGCCAAACAUCGAUGAGCUGAAGAAGAUCGCGGACAUCGCGAUCGGCAAUGAGACUAUCCUGAAGAACGCAAGCUCGGGAGUCACUCUGAGUCGCGACGGAGUGGAGAUAUUCACGAAGGUGUUGAACAAGCUGGAGGACCGAGCCGAUACGACGCGAGCGACCUCGAAGACCGCCGCCGGUGACCAUAAUUGCACCGGCUUCCUGUGCAGAGACGGCAAAUGUCUAGACUCGAGCGCGAUGUGCAACAUGCUGGUGGAAUGCUCCAACUCAGAGGACGAGGCCAACUGCACUUGCGCCGACUUUCUCAGGGCGCAGCUACUGUAUCGCAAGAUCUGCGAUGGCAUCGUCGACUGUUGGGACUACUCCGACGAGAGUGAUUGCGAUUGGUGCCAGAAAGGCCAAUUCGUGUGCGGUAACACGAAGUCCUGCGUCGACCCGGAUAAAGUAUGCGACGGUUUCAGCGAUUGCGCUGGCGGCGAGGACGAGAAGAAGUGCACCGCCCUGAUAGAAGACGAACCAGAGGAAGACCUGAAGGUCCUCGUCUCAACGAGGAAUAUUUCGACGGGCUACUCCGUCGGGUCGGAAAAACGAAUUGUGAAAGUACCUCACUUCGAUCAAGAAGCCGUCGAGUCGACCAUCGUGGACACGACCACGCUGUAUGACUUCUCCGGCGAUCUACGCUCCGAGAAGCUUACGGAUGAACGGAGCGAUUUGUCCUCCGAGCCGGCUGAUCCGGACAAGUCGACGCUUGUCAACAGAGACGUUGAGGAGAACGGUAAAGUCAUGGUGUCCAGCAGAGAAAUAUCAUCUUCGGAUCGAAAUAGUUUAACCUCCGGUAGCGGUUUACGCACCGAAAGCAAUCAUACUUUCUCGAUAGCGACGGCUACCGUUUCUCGCGAGGAGAUCGAUAGCUACAACAAUAAUGGAUACCUCAACGUGCGUAAAAACGGCAAAUGGGGGAAGCUUUGUUUGAGCGACACGGACAGCGUUCUCCGGGAGCGGCAAACCGCCGUGUGGUCCAUCGAAGACCUCGCUAAAGCCGCGUGCAAGGCCAUUACGUACCAAGAUUACGAGACAGUGGAGAAAGUGUUGGACCAAAACCCGCCGCCAAACCGUUUCUACUAUUCUCUGUCGCAUAACGACAAAUCGUCGGACAGAACGUCCUUGUCUUUCAAAGUGUCCGAGUGCCCAGGUCGCGAGAUCCUCAAAGUGAAAUGCAAGAAUUUCGAGUGCGGAAUAAGGAGUCAAGCGACUUCGACAGCGAGGAUUGUUGGAGGUUCCAGCAGUUCCGCAGGGAGCUGGCCAUGGCAAGUCGCCUUAUACAAGGAUGGCAACUAUCAAUGCGGCGCUGCUCUCAUCAAUGAUCGAUGGAUUAUCUCAGCAGCGCAUUGCUUCUAUCAUGCGCAAAGCGAUUAUUGGGUGGCGAGGAUCGGUGCGACUCGCAGGGAGAGUUUCCGCAGCCCUCAUGAACAGCUUUUGCGAUUGGAUUACAUAUCGUUACACCCGGAUUACGUUGAUAACGGAUUCGUAAAUGACAUAGCGGUGCUGAGACUCGAGCAGCCGGUUACAUUCAGCGACUAUGUAAGACCGGUCUGUCUUCCCGCGAAUCCGGUAAAUACCGGAACCGUUUGCGUCGUAACGGGAUGGGGACAAUUAUUCGAGAUCAACAGGGUAUUCCCGGACACAUUGCAAGAAGUGGAAUUACCAGUGAUAUCGACGGAGGAUUGUCGGCGAAAAACUCUGUUCUUGCCGUUAUACAGGAUAACGUCGGGGAUGCUCUGUGCGGGAUUACGGAACGGAGAAAGGGACGCCUGCCUAGGAGACAGCGGAGGACCACUGGUGUGCUUAAACUCUGAAAAUCGAUAUAUAUUGCAAGGUAUCACGUCUAACGGUUACGGAUGCGGACGACGUGAACGACCUGGCGUUUACACGAAGAUCUUUCAUUUCCUUGACUAUAUCGACAGUGUUGUCAUGCAGAAGGAUAUCCGACCGUCCACGGUAGCAUUUUGCAAAGGCCAUAGAUGCCCUCUCGGCGAGUGCUUGCCGAAAUCACGCGUUUGCAAUGGAUUUCUAGAAUGCUCGGACGGUAGCGACGAGCGAGAUUGCCCCGCCACUUCGCGAUAAUUACAAGACUGACACGAUGUAUAUCGUAUGUAAUAAAAGCGCGAACGCGACUUACUUAGACAACGACGACGAGUGAUCCGAUAAAUAUGUAUAGUCUUAUUAAGGUUGAGAAGAUGUGAUAGACGGUUCCUUCUAUCUAAAAACAUAUGUUGAUUGAUGAGACAACGCGCAUGCGCAGCGUAAAAGUAGAGUGAAUCUCAAGUACAUUAAGUAGCGAAGCUAGACAGAGACUUUGUUGCGUGCGAUCCUUCCUCUUAGAUUACUCCAUAAAUGCGUCAAACAACAGCAUUCUCUCGUUUCCAGGUUAUUUAUAUAGGUUCGAAAGCAAGGUCGAAAGCAAGGUGCGGAAAAUAAUGAAAUAAUCUAGUUCCUUGAUUGAAAGUCGAAUAAUGUUAUCUCUCGAUUGAAACGUCGCGAUUCUUUGCGUCACGAUAUUGGGAUCAGUUACUCCGGUCGACAGACAAGCAACAUUUAUCGUUGCUGUAUAGACUUCCAACCAAGUCUUUCAUUCGCAUCAAUUAGCUAAGCUUGAUAGAACAUGAGUUUAAGCCGCAACAUAAGAAAACACGACUUGUUCUCGGUAGCAUGUGUAUAUAUAUUCAACGUGAAAUUAUAAUGUAAAAAUUGAUCACGCGAGAAAACGC